AUGGUAGUAAUAGCAAAGAACGAAAAACUGCUAAUGACUUCUGCUAACACAGCGAUACUCAGAAGCAUGAAAUGUAUGAAGGAAAAGAAACUCCAGACAGCACCCGAAAAAACAGAGGAAGUUGAAAUAUACCGCCGAAAAUCUUUGAAGCAAUUAGGAUUGUGGCUCGACACUAAAGAUACCUAUAGAGAGCACAUCGAUAAAACCGUAGAGAAAGCGGAAAAGACCAUGAUAGCCUUGGCAAGUCUCAUACCCAAUAUAAAGGUUUUGAGACCUUCCAAAAGGAGUGUUUUUGUAAGAGUGGUGCAUUCACAAUUUCUCUACGCCGCACCUAUUUGGCAUGAAGCAAUGAAAAAUAAAAAGCCUUCCAGGAAGCUGUACAGAAUACAGAAGGUCAUGGAGAUAAGGGUGUACACCGGGUCUCGCAUAAUUUUAGCGGAAGGGGCCGGCGUAAUAGCACAAAUUCCUCCCAUCGAGUUUCUGGCUAAAGAAAGAAAAGAGAAGUACGAUGGCAUAGACCCAAAGCAUUGUGCAGAAAAACUGAUGCGAAGAUGGCAGGGAAGGUGGACAAAUGGGAAACAUGGUCACUGGACUUGGCGACUAAUACCGGAUAUCAGACCAUGGCUGAACCAAAAACACGGGGAAGUGAACUACUACCUGACACAGGCGUUUUCAGGCCAUGGUUGCUUCAUGGAGUAA